CCGCUUUCCAUUUCAAUUUUUUCAUUUUCAUCUCCCACUCCCAGACCUCUUCCUUGAAAAUCCCCAAUUAGAAGGAGAGAGAGCAUACCAUCGACAACAACACCCACACCACCAAUCAAUCUAUCUUCAUCUCCCAACCCUUCUCCCCCUUAUCGCUGCGCUUAUUGCUGGCUCAAACCCUAGAUUUCUCCGUUUCGCGCCGCCCUCCGAAACCUUCCUCCUCCAGGCGCAAGAACCAGAAGGCAGCAUCUCCUUCCCGCCGGUGGCCUUUGCAUCAAUCCCUGGCCACCUCUUCCUAAUCCCUCCAUCAUCAAUCCAUUCAAUAGAACAGGAAUCAAACUUUGAAAUCUCCUACGAUGAGCAUAACGACGACAGUGGAGAAGUCUUGCAAUGAAAACUGCGAGACAAGAUCUUAUGGAGAUGAUAAUGGCAAAGAUAGAACAAUCGGGAGACCGAUCCGAAGAUGUGAUUGGCUGGUGCUGGUGCUUGCUUUGUCACUUGGAGAAGCAGUUUGUAAAGGGAUCAACGAUGGUAACUUGGAUGUCUCUCCUAGAGAGCUUAGAGUAAUGAGUGGUCUGGAAAACUUCCUCGACGGCGAGAUUUGGAUGGUCGUCGUCCACAGAUCGACUACCUUCUUCAGCUCUGAAUGGCCACGGCCACCGCUCUUCUCCUCCGAUGGGUUGUUGAAGGACUUUUCUAGUUUUCUUGGGAAAGAGCUGGUGGGUGCGACGACGGAGGAUUUUCAGCGACGAGAAAAAGAAGGGGAAGGGGAAGUCUAAGUGGCGGAUAAAAAAAAGAUUGUAGGGUUUUUCAAUUAAUGAAAAGAAAUGGGCUAUUUUCACUUGAUAUUUUCUUUUAUUAUUUUUAUUAUUUAAUUAAUUAAAAUUUUUCCACGUAAAUAUCAAUCAUUAAUCCAGUCAGCAUCGAUAGUUAAUUCGUUAAAGUUUUGGACCGAAUGGCUAUUUCUCUGUAUUAUUUUAAAGAUGACUAUUAUUGUCAAGAAGUGGAUAAUUAUGGC